AUGACUCCUCGCCAGGGAACGUCCAAGGCUGCACGCGCUCGUCACAACAAAGCUACCAAGAAGGCGAUACUCCUCAACGAAGUAAACAUUGCUGCUGUCUCAACUGAGUCGCCUGCUUCUACUGAGUCUGUCGAUACCGCGAAGAAAUCCACACCGACACAAGACGAAGACUUGAUCACCGAGUCCCGCAGUAUGGUCAAUACUGACGCCAUUAUCCCCGUUUCUUUGCGCAAAGAGCCUGGUACUGUCAAGAUCAACCUGCCGCCCGCUCCAGACCUAGAGACCAACGUCAAGCCAACCAUAUCGUCGUCCUCUUGCGCUUCCGGUGUUGCCGACAUCCCGGCCCAGCGAAACACGUCGGUGAAGCAGACAGAACAAAUGUCGCCUUCUCCUGUCGUCGAACAAGCUCUUGACAACCUGCUCGAAAUGAUACGAGCGCAGCGUCAAGCUCUUCUCCGAGGUCCUUGCGUCACUGUUCAUGUUGGUAAAACAUCCGUUGAGGGCAUUUCGAAGCGCGCUGCAAUGGCUGCCUCUUCUGUUCUGCACAAACACUUCUCCGCCAACCCUCACUCACUUGAAUAUCGGUUCUCACGUGGUCAAGUACACCCUGGCGCAGUUCGCCUUCUUCUCAUUGGCUGGAUGCAGGAAACGUGCGACGAGUUCGAGGCUUACGCUGUCCCAGCUCAGAAGACUUUCGGCGAAGACGUUGCUCUCCUCCGUGCUGCCCGCCUGUUGGGUAUGGAGCGCUACUGCAGCCAUAUCCAUGCCGGCUACGUCGAAUACCUCAAGACACAGCUUCCGAGUUACGAGGAGAUCGUUGCCGUCGAGCAGAACGCCAUGUCUAACAAAGACCCACUCUGGACCGCGAUGGUCAACCACCUUUGCCACGAACGCCAUGACCGCUUUAUACCCGACCCCGAUGACUUCGCGGCGUUCUUGGAUAAGCACACUCGUCUGAAGAAGGCUAUGGAGUCUGCCGAUACCUUCUUCCGUGGGUUGGCGAAGAGACAGGUCGAUGACCGGGAGAAGGCGCGAGAGAAGGCGCGCCGUCAGCGUUGGGAGAAGAACCAGGUUGAGAAGCACGAGCGCAUUGCGAAAGAACGACUUGCUGCUGAGUCGCUGAAGAAGAAGAUGGAUGAGAAGGGUCCCGGCCUGAUGACCGUCACUGCGGAGGAGGCGGAGCUGCUUCGAGGACGCGCUCGUACCCGCUAG